AAAAAAAAAAAUCACAUACACUUUUGAACGAUGAUCCAUUUUCACAACGUACAAAAUCAAUGAACUAGACAAGAAAAAACGCACCAACUAUUACCAUUCGCGCGAGUUCUUCUUCUAGCUCAAAACCAGAAACCCUAACUCCUACGGCUACAUCCUCCCCAAAACUCUCUUCUCUCCUCCGAUUCCCCAAAUUCAAGCCGCAAUGGACAAUGAAUCUGAACCUCUCUGUGAAGAUGCAAUUCCGCCACAGAAAAUUGGCAACAAGAGGGAGUAUGAAGACGAAGAUCAGAAGGAAGUUAUUACAAAGAAGAAGAAGAGAAUCCUUGAGGAUAAGGAUGAAAGUAAUUCAGAUUUUUCUGAACAUGAUGAGAAACUUAAAGCUGAAAUCGAAUCUGAUAACAGUUGCGGAUCUUUGGAAUCAUUUGAUGAUGGUGUCUCAGAUCCUAACUCUAACGAAGACAAUCUCGAAGAUUUGGAGAGUCCUGAGCGCAAUGAGGAAGAAGUAGAGGGAAAAGUCCCUAAAACACCUCAGGAAAGGCAUGGAUCUCCAGUCACUCUAAACAAAAAUUAUGCUGCACCAAAGACAAUAUGUGUUAAAAACUUAUCAUAUAGUGUGGAACGGGCUGAUAUGGAAGAUAUUUUCAAAGAUUGUGGUGAAGUUGUUGAUGUCCAGUUCGUAACAGAUUGCGAAGGAAGGUUUAGAGGCUUUGGAUUUGUUAAAUUUGGAACAGUAGAAGCAGCAGAAAAAGCCCUCAAAUUGCAUAAUACAAAAUUAUUGAAUCGCCGUAUCAAAGUUGAGAUAGCUUGGGAAAAGAGUGAAUAUCCCCCAUAUAAAAGUUCAAUUCAUACGGGUGGAAGUCUUCACUCUCACACUGUAAAGGGUUUUGACACAUCUCUUGUAGAAAACAAGCCUAAAAGACCAGCUACACCAAAUAAAACAAAUGGUACAUCAAAGACUGUAUAUGUCGGAAACCUGUCAUACUCCGUAGAACGGGCUGAUAUGGAAAAACUUUUCAAAGAUUAUGGGGAAAUUGUUGAUGUUCGUCUCCAUACAGACCGCGAAGGGAAGUUUAAAGGCCAUGGACAUGUUCAGUUUGCAACAGAAGAAGCAGCACAAAAGGCUCUUGCGAUGAAUAAGAAAGUGUUUUUUGAACGUCGCAUGGUUGUCGAUUUAGCUUUGGAAAGGCCUAAAGAUUCCCCCAAUGGAAGCAGCUGGGCCUGGAGCAGCUCAUUCCAUAAGGAUGAAAGAAUUCAGUCUCAAACUGUACCUAUGAAGUGUUUAGAUACAUCUCUUGAGGAAGGCAAGUUGAGUUGUGCAAAGGAGGUUAAGGAUGUAGAGAUGUUUGAUGCUGCCUCUGCAGAGAAUAAGGUUCCUGAAACCCCAGCUACCCGAAGAGAGAGAAGUGCUGCAUCAAAAAGAGUAUGUGUUAGAAACUUGUCAUUCGAUGUGGAACGGGCUGAAAUCGAAAAUAUUUUCAAAGAUUGUGGAGUAGUUGUUGAUGUCCGUCUCCAUGUGGAUGUCGACUUUGCAACCGCAGAGGCAGCAGAAAAGGCUCUUGAGUUGGAUUACACAAGAUUGAUGAACCAUCCCGUCAAAGUUGGUAUAGCUCCAGGAGAGGGUGAACAUUUCCCGAAUAGAAGCUUGAGCAUCCAAUUCCAGAAUUGCGAAGAUUUUCAGCCUCUAACUGUAUAUGUGGUUGGAUUUAAUACAUCCCUUGCCGAAGAGAAGAUAAAAGCUAGCCUGCACAAUCAUUUCAAAUCUUGUGGAGAGAUUGCAAGGAUCUCAUUACCAAGAAAUCGUGAUUCUGGUGCUAUUAAAGGGCAUGCUUAUUUGGAUUUCAAGGAUCUUGAUGGCUAUAAGAAGGCACUGCAACUUGAUCAAACUGUAAUAGGAGAUCAUUGGGUGUCAGUUGAAAAAGCAAAGCCAGUGUAUAGACGUGAUAAUCAGGAUUUAGGUGGUGGCAGAGGUAACUAUCAUGUCGGUGGAAGGGAUGGACUAAAUCAUAGACAUCAUAAUCAGGAUGUAGGUGGUGGCAGAGGUAGCUAUCAAGUCGGUGGAAGGGAUGAACCAAGUUAUAGACAUCAUAAUCAAAUUAUAGGUGGUGGCAGAGGUGGUUAUCACGUCGGUGGAAGGGAUGAAGCAAGUUAUAGACGUGAUAAUCAAGGUAUGGGUGGUGGCAGAGGUAGCUAUCAUGUCGGUGGAAGGGAUGAAGCAAGUUAUAGACGUGAUAAUCAAGGUAUGGGUGGUGGCAGAGGUAGCUAUCACGUCGGUGGAAGGGGUGGGGGAGACUAUGGUGGUGGCAGAGGUUGCUAUCACGUCGGUGGAAGGGAUGGAGGAAAUUAUAUACGAGAUAAUCAAGGUAUGGGUGGUGACAGAGGUAGCUAUCAUGUCGGUGGAAGGGGUGGAGGAGACUAUGGUGGUAGAGUAGGUUGGGGGAGAAGUCAUGGUGCCGAGAGGCACUGGACAGCCAAUACCAAGCACUUGUGAAGGCAUAGGGAGAAAUACAGCUUUUGCUGAAGAUGUCUAUUGCACAGGUUGCUGAAGUUUUAGGUUUAUACUCUCUUCCAAGUACUUUGGGUAAUUUGGUUUACUUUUGUGGCUUAUCAUGGAGCCAUCAGCCAUAGUGUAGUUUGGUAUAUACUUUUGUGGCUUAUUAUGGAGCCAUCGGCAAUAGUGUAGUUUGGAAUAUACUUUUGUGGCUUAUUAGGGAGCUAUCAGCAAGAUUUUGUAUAGAGAGAGGAGUGUGAAUUUUAUUGCUGAUAUCUAUGAAUGUCACUUAAGGUGGACCACUAACAUGUUACUGUAUAUAAUAGAGUAUGAUAUAAGAAAUUAAUGGUGUUGGGCAUUUUCUCGUUACAUAUUUAUAAAUUACAUCAUGUCAUUUAUAUACCGAUUAAUAACGGUAAAAUUGACUAGUUCAAUGGUUGGAUUAAAGUAGAUAAAAUUUAAUGCAAAGGAAUAAUUAUUCUUUCCAACCUUCAAUAUUUGUUGUAGGCUAAUGUUAGCUUUGGACACAAGUUAAGCUAAGGAACUAAACGGGUAAUUGUUUUUUUAAGAGUCAAAAUAUUGUACAAUUUAAUGAUUAAUUUUCACUUUUAGUUUUCUUAAUUUGUACCUUUAGGGUCCAAUUUAGUAAGAUCUUUUAUUGUAUUUGACAGUUUCGCUUAUAGUCAAUCGGAUUUUCUCUUGAAAAUUUCAUGUGUUCAUGAG